CGGGCAACGGCCGGGGCAGAGAAGAAGCAGUAAGCGGUGGUGCCGGUCGCUUCCGCGUUCCGCGGGGGGUUCGUGCGCCGCGGUUGGGAACAAGGGUGGAAUCCGUCGGGCUCCGGCCGUUACCCGGGGCGAGGGGAUGAGCCUGUGAGGGGGGCGAAGCUAGCGGGGAGACUGGCCACUGCGGAGAGAUGUCCCAACCGCCGCCGCCUCCGCAGCAGCAGCCUGUCGCCAAGAAGCGGGACCGGCGCAUCUUCUCGGGAACCUGCCCGGACCCCAGCUGCCAGGCGCGCCUCUUCUUCCCCGCCCAUGGGCCGCUGAGCAGCGGCAGCAUCGAGUGCACGGACUGCGGGCAGCGCCACGAGCAGCGGCAGCUGCUGGGCGUGGAGGAGGUGACGGACCCGGACCUGGUGCUGCACAACCUGCUGCGGAACGCGCUGCUGGGGGUGAGCGGCGGGGCCCCCCCUAGGAAGAACACGGAGCUGGUCAAAGUUAUGGGCCUGUCCAAUUAUCACUGCAAGCUGCUCUCCCCCAUCCUGGCCCGUUAUGGCAUGGACAAGCAAACGGGCAAGGCCAAGCUUCUCUCCGAGAUGAACCAGGGGGAUGUCUUUGACUGUGCUCUCCUGGGCGACCGUGCCUUCCUCAUCGAGCCUGAGCAUGUCGACACAAUGGGAUAUGGCAAGGACCGUUCUGGCAGCCUCCUCUACUUGCAUGACACCCUGGAGGAUAUCAAGAAAGCCAAUAACAGCCAGGAGUGCCUGAUCCCUGUUCAUGUGGAUGGUGAUGGUCACUGCCUGGUCCAUGCUGUCUCCCGGGCACUGGUGGGCAGGGAGCUGUUCUGGCACGCGCUCCGGGAGAACCUGAAGAAACACUUCAAGGAGAACCUGAGCCGCUACAAGGCUCUCUUCCACGAUUUCAUUGAUGCGGUAGAAUGGGAGGACAUAAUCAAUGAAUGUGACCCUUUGUUUAUACCUCCGGAAGGCGUGCCAUUGGGUCUGCGAAACAUUCACAUCUUUGGCUUGGCCAAUGUGCUUCAUCGGCCCAUCAUCCUGCUGGAUUCCUUGAGUGGAAUGCGUAGCUCAGGAGAUUACUCAGCUACCUUCCUCCCUGGGCUUAUACCUGUAGAGAAAUGUAUGGGAAAAGAUGGCAUGUUGAAUAAACCUAUUUGUAUUGCAUGGAGUAGCUCUGGACGUAACCAUUAUAUUCCUCUGGUUGGAAUAAAAGGUGCUGCUUUACCUAAACUGCCUUUGAAAUUGCUUCCUAAAGCUUGGGGAGUUCCUCAGGAUCUCAUCAGAAAGUAUAUCAAACUGGAGGAGGAUGGUUGUGUGAUUGGAGGAGAUAGAAGUUUGCAAGACAAAUACUUACUGAGACUGGUUGCUGCAAUGGAGGAAGUGUUCAUGAAUAAGCAUGGUAUUCAUCCUAGUUUAGUUGCUGAUGUACAUCAGUAUUUCUACAGAAGAACUGGUGUAAUAGGAGUUCAACCUGAAGAUGUUACUGCAGCUGCCAAAAAAGCAGUGAUAGACAACCGCCUUCACAAGUGUCUAAUCUGUGGUGCCCUUUCAGAGCUUCAUGUUCCUCUGGAAUGGCUGGCUCCAGGAGGGAAACUGUAUAACCUGGCCAAAAGUACUCAUGGCCAGCUGAGGCCUGACAAAAAUUACAGCUUCCCUCUCAAUAGUUUGGUGUGCUCUUACAAUUCUGUGAAGGAUGUCCUGGUGCCUGACUACAAUCUGAGUAGCUUGACUGCUUGUAACUGGUGUCAUGGUACUUUGGUUCGUCGUGUCAGAGGAGAUGGGUCUGUUGUGUAUCUGGAUGGGGACAGAACUAAUACUAGAUCCACGGGUGGUAAAUGUGGCUGUGGAUUCAAGCACUAUUGGGAUGGUAAAGAAUAUGACAAUCUCCCUGAAGCCUUUCCUAUUACUUUAGAAUGGGGUGGAAGAGUGGUGAGAGAGACUGUAUAUUGGUUCCAGUAUGAAAGUGAUACUACUCUUAACAGUAAUGUGUAUGAUGUUGCAAUGAAACUUGUUACCAAACAUUUUCCUGGUGAAUUUGGUAGUGAGAUUCUUGUUCAAAAAGUUGUCAAUACAAUAUUACAUCAAACUGCCAAAAAGAACCCUGAUGAUUAUACCCCUGUAAAUAUUGAUGGUGCUCAUGUACAGAGAGCUGAUGAUGUACAGCAAGGACAAGAUGUGGAGUCACAACUUCCAACCAAAAUUAUUCUUACUGGACAGAAAAUGAAAACGUUGCACAAGGAAGAGUUGAAUAUGAGUAAAACUGAAAGAACUAUUCAACAGAAUAUUGCGGACCAGGCUUCUGUAAUGCAGAAACGGAAAACUGAGAAAUUAAAACAAGAACAAAAAGGGCAACCUAGGACUACUUCCCCUGGUGCUAUUCGUGACGGACCGUCAUCUGCUCCUGCUACGCCUACAAAGACCCCGUAUUCUCCAACUUCUACAAAAGAAAAGAAGAUCCGAAUAACAACAAAUGAUGGGCGACAGUCUAUGCUUACAUUGAAGUCCACAACAACAUUUGUGGAGUUGCAGGAAAGUAUAGCCAGGGAAUUUAAUAUUCCUCCAUACUUGCAAUGUAUUCGCUAUGGCUUUCCUCCCAAAGAGCUUCUGCCACCCAAGGAAGGCCUGGAAAAUGAGCCAGUUCCCUUGCAGCAUGGUGAUAAAAUAACUAUAGAGAUCUUCAAAGGUAAGGUUGAAGGCGGCAGUCAGCCUGCUUCAGCACCCUCAACCCAUGCUGUGAAACAUGAAGAUGCUGCAGUAACCAGUAAAAUAGCUUCCAAGGAAUUGCAAGAGCAGGUUGAUAAAGAAAUGUACUCUUUGUGUCUUCUUGCAACACUAAUGGGCGAAGAUGUUUGGUCAUAUGCUAAGGCACUUCCUCACUUGUUUCAGCAGGGUGGGGUGUUCUACAGCAUAAUGAAGAAAACUACAGGUCUGGCUGAUGGCAAGCACUGUACUUUUCCAUACCUGCCUGGUAAAAACUUUGUGUACAAUGCAGCGGAAGAUAGAUUAGAACUGUGUGUGGAUGCUGCUGGGCACUUCCCUAUUGGUCCUGAUGUUGAAGACUUGGUUAAAGAGGCAUUAACUCAAGUACGAGCAGAGGCUACUUCAAGAAGCAGGGAAGCAAGCCCUUCACAUGGACUUCUGAAAUUAGGUAGCGGUGGUGUAGUAAAAAAGAAGUCUGAGCAACUGCAUAAUGUAACUGCAUUUCAAGGAAAGGGCCAUUCACUAGGAACUGCAUCUAGUAGCCAACAACUUGAUCAAAAAGCCAGAGAAACAAUGCUUUUAAGAAAGCAUAGCACAGAAACAGACUUCAGUCCCAAUCCUGCUAAAAUAGAGCCAUCUAUAAUCACAUCUGCUCCUGGUAACAGUGAGCUUAUCCGCAUAGCUCCUGGAGUAGUGACAAUGAGAGACAGCAGGCAGCUUGACCCUACUUUGGUUGAGGCACAGCGAAAAAAAUUACAGGAAAUGGUUUCUUCUAUUCAGGCAUCAAUGGACAGACACCUGCGGGAUCAGAAUGCAGAACAAUCAGCAUCAAUUGAUCUGUCGCAAAGGAAAAUAGAAGCAGUAAGUUCAUCACCUAAAACUGGGAGCAUUCAGGCUAAUUUGCCUGAAUCUUUUUCUGUAAUAGGUGGUACUGAACUUUCAAAUACAGAAACAACUGCUGGCAAUGUGGUAAAUUCAAUGGGAGCAACAUUCCACACAAGACCUAAAGCACAAAAAGGAAAUUCUGUUGAGGAAGCUGAGGAGAUGGAUAGUCAAGAUGCAGAGAUUUCUAAUACAACCGAGCCAAUGGAUCACUCUUGAUUGGUUAAAAGCUGAUAAAUAUAGAGAUUACUGUUCAAAUGUAAUGUUUGUUGGCUGGGCCACAUAAAAUGAUUAGUCAUUAAAUCUUGUAUGUUUCAAAGAUUAUAUCGUCUUAUCCAGUGCAUGAUAGCAAGUGUGUGGUUGGCAAUAGCUUUUAAUAUUCCAUGCUGCUGCCCAGGCUGGCUCUCAGUUAGGUGUAAAUUAGCUAUUAGAAAAAACACUGAGAUGAAUAUCUGCUGUAGAUGUGGGUUAUUGAAAGUUUUUUGUAAUUUUAAUUCCAUGAAAGUCUUAAAAUUUAAACCCAUGUGAGAUUCUUUGUGCUAGUUUAAGAUUACCAAAAAGGCUAGAACAGAGUAAAAAUACAAAAUUGACGAAGAUAAUGUUACCCCAGAAGUCUUGUGUCCAAUCAAAUUUAUAGCGUAAACAGACAUUUACAUUAAUUUCAGAAAAGCAACUGAAAUUUAAAUUGUAUGUUUACUUCAUAAAACUAUAUAUACAACACUUUAAUUACAAGACACUGACAUUCCCUUAGAUUUAAACACUUUCAUCCAUAUGCCUGUAUGUGCUUGUCAGAAACUUGGAAUAUAAGUAAUUAUAAGUAAGCUCUCUUGAACUUCUGCAUAUUGUCAAUUUGAGCAAGAUUAGGAAAAAAGGUUAUUUAGCGUAAAACAAAGACAAAGCGAAUGUGGUGCAGUUAUGCAUGGCUGUCUGAGCCAACAGUCAUUCUACUGCUCUGUGAUAGCAUGCACUUUUUUGCCAUGCAAUGUUUUUGAUAGUGGGAUGGAGGAAAGACAGGUUGGAAAAUGUUGUAAGAAGUUACAACAGAUUAAUAGCAAAUUAGUAAAGAUUUUGAUUAUUAGCACUGGUAAAUGGUGGCUAUAGUUAAGUAAUGGCUAAUUUUCAGAGCAUGAGGAAUUAACAGAAUUUACUAGAAAAAUAGCUCUUGAAUGAGUUGCAUUGUUCUAAAAAAAAAUUUCAGUGAUAGUUGAGCUUCUCAAAGCUCAUUUUUUAAAUUACAUGGAAACAGGAGAAAUAUACUGUUAUAAAGGCUACUGUUUCUAUUGGCUUCACUUGUUUGUGAUGCAAAUUUCCCUGCGUCAGUUCUUGAUAAAGCUGGUAUCUGCCUAAGAACCUUAUUCAUCAGGUCUACAGUGAUAGUUCUUAAGAAGCAGCCGCUGUGCGUGCUCCAUUAAGAUGGAAUGUUUAUCUAUAUUGAUAUUUCACUUUGCCUUGUAUAUUCAUAUUUUAAGUGCAUUAUUGCUGCUUCCUCUGAUUUAAGCAAAAAUGGAUUAGGCAAAAGAUGUUAAUACAGCCUCAAAGGAAUUUAAAACAUUUAGAUCUUGAAGUCAGUGUUUGUGUACACAUGGGAUUUUACUAGUUCCACAGAUAUUAAGUUUUUAUUAUAAGCAAGUUUGUAUUCAGAAAAAUAUUUCCUCACUUUUUACAUUUAUAGUCACAUCACCAGAAACAAAUUCUAAGCACUGUUAUGAUAAAAUGCCCUAAUUAAGGGAGAACAUAUUUUUUAUAUGGAAAAGUACCUGAAGCAAGUCACUUAAAAUAUCCAAAUUUACUUAAAUUACUAGUAAUUAAAACAACAUAUAUUGGCUUUGUCUUUUCAUACAGGGAAUAAAUAUUUCAUAAGGUAGUGCACUACUAACAUGUAAAACAUACAAAUCAUCUUUUCAUGAAUGAAUGCUAAUUUAAAAGAUACCCGUUGCUAAUUUAAUCAUUUGGUUGAGAAUUGCAAUCCAUGAAGUAAACUUAGUACCAAAAUUGAUCUCUCUGGUGCAUUGAUUAACUGACAUUGCUUAUUCAGUGAGAAAUAGGAUGCACACACAGCAGCUGGAAGUUUGCUAUAACCUCAGACUUUGCAUUAGUGUCCAGUGCUGCAGCCUCGUUGUUGGAGGCUAGAGAUAGAAAUAGAAUGUGGAGACAGAAAGCACAAGCCUCUACAUGGUGACAGAUGUUAGAAAAAGGGACUCGCAAUAGUAUAGCGUUUCCAGAAAUCACUAUAAAUGAGCAGGGAUUGAGAGAGGAGGUACCUGGGUGGUUCUGAAUUUUAGUGAGUCUAGCUGAUAUAGGAAUUUCUUAAACACACACACUAAAAUCUCUUCAGUGAAAAGGAGAGAGAAACCUUCCCCAUAAGUAUGUAUAGGGUGUUGGGAGAGUCUGAAGUAUUUCCAUGCAUUUUUAAAUUUAUUACACCUCCCCUUCUUCCUUGGUUCUGCUUAGAGGUAUGGUGUGUAUCUGUCAGCUACAUGUUGCGUUUUCAGGGGGACUGCAUAGAUAUGUAUGUGUGCACAUUUUAUUGCUUGAAGAGGAAGAUUCAGAGCAGUUUUAACUUGUAUUUUUUUUUGUGGUUUAUUCUGUUAAAUCUUUCCACACACCUUUCCUUUAUGAACAGAAUUUAAAAAGAUGCAGCUAUUCAUUCUUUGUAUUUUGGCCCACAAUUAGUGUCAUAUGCCUGGGACCUAUCACAAAUCAUGUCUCUCAGAACCUUUUACUUUGUGAAAUAAAAAAAAAUAGGAAGGAGGUAUAGUUAAAUGUUCAUAACGACAGGAUGCAUGAGAACUGGAAUUGAAGCUUGUUUUUUUAAUUUCAUGUGAGCACUCCUAUUUUCAUGGAAACUUGCAAUUAAUGUGUGUAUUUCUUUGCAGUUUUCCUUGAGUUAACUUUCUGAUGCACGUAAACAUCAGUGUUUUAGUGAUAUGACCCUACAACAUAACCAAAGUGAAGUCAGAUUUCAUUUGCACCUGAGGGAGGUGUAUAGCUGUAUGAAAGAAAUUCAAGGGUACUUUUAAGUUUGGGCAAAUGUUGCAUUUGAACUCUAGUGGACAUAUCAGAAGCAAAUAUAGUAUACUUGUCUUUCUACCACUUGUGUGCUUGGCAUAUUUCCCAAAAGAGGGUCAGGAAAAAGGUGUGUGUGGGGGGGAGAGAGGGAUAUGUUGGUGGGAGGAGAGCUUUAGUAAAGUAAUAAGUGGUUAAUAAAACUGUGUGAGCAGGUUUAUCUAAAAAAGUGCAAAGAUUAGUCAGUAUAGUUUAUCAUCAGGCCUACUAAUACUUGCUACAGAGUCACCAGUUUGAAAUUCAGUAGUAGUUCCCACUGUUUGGGGCAGCUGUACCAGUUUCUAACCCUGCCAACAUUUGCUUGGUGUGCCCGACAAACGAGACUAAGUUUUGGAGUUUUUCAAGCUCCAUUGCAGGUUAGUGCAUGUGAUUUGGACAAAUCAAGUAGCUACUGUCGGUAUGCCAGAGCCCAACACAAAGACUUGCUAACAUAGGGAUUGGAAUCCAGACUAUUGGGCAAAUGCGUUUGAAUCAAUAUCAGUGGAUACUGGAUACCACUGGAGUACAGCAUGUAGUUAGCUUUCCAGCCAAAUUACAGAUUUUAACAGUAUUGUUAUAAAGGUUGGUGAUAAAUAAGUACUCACUAAUGUUUUAUAUUUCUCUGGGAAUUAAUAUUUGAAUUUCAUUGUGUGAGUGAAGUAGAGGUUGACGUUCCUUUCUUAAAAUGCUGCAUCAAUUACUAUAAUAUUCUUUGGGACAGCUUCUCUUUUGCAAUCACAAAGACACUCAUUUAUACAGUUGAAUUUUUUUUGAGCUUUUCAAGUUUAAAUAGUAUCUAUUAACAAAUGUAAAACAUAGCAGCAGAGCUUAAAAGGUUCUGAUACUAUUUGAAAUUAAAGGCAGUCCUUUAUUUUACAUACCUAUUGUGUGGUUUAAUACUGAUGUGGAAGUUGUUUUAAAACCACAGAUCAAGCAUGUGAACAUAAAAUAGCUCUAUGUAAGGACAAUAUGGCUGUGUUAAUGUCUUAACAAGGUUUCUGUAGCCUCCAAGAGAAUACUCCGGCAAACUUCACAGAAGUACACUGGCUCAGAGCUAUGUGCUAACUCCACACAAAGGGCACAUUUUUAAAACCAAAGUGUUUAAUUUAAAACCUUCAAAAUAUAUUUUAAAAAAGGGUGAGGGCAAAUAUACUACCCCCACUGACUAAUUCUGCCUUUUCUCUGGAACACACUGAAAUGCUGGAUAUUACAGUUCAGAAUUUGAUAUUUAGAAGUGAGAGUUUCAGCACUAUGCUCUAACAGAUUUGAACAAAAGUGAAUGAUUGAGGAAAAUGCCAUUGAUAUUUGUACAGUUGUUUGACCUUGACCAUUUAAAAAAAAAAAUUAUGGAGUCUACAUACGUUUGUAGUACAAUAUUAAUAUGAAGUCAAGCCUGCAUUAGAACACCAAUAGUGAUUUGUUUAAUGUUGUUUUGCUUGUGAAUAUCAGUUAUUGAGUAUUUUCAAUUUUAAGAUGUUGCAUAAAAUCUGUAGAAUGCAGAAUUCCCUCUGAGCCCUUAUGCCUGUGGUAGAGCAAUAAAAGAUUGAAACAUGAUUGGUAUUUUCAGAUUUAUUUUAUUUUUAAUGAGGAUUAUUGCCAAGAAACAAGAGUGCACUAUUUGGAGGUAAUGCUAUUUAAAAUAUGUAUAAAUAAGCAUUAAUAGUGUAUAUAUUUAGAAAACAAAUCUUUUUAAACAGUAAGUGCUUUACAUGUUGACUUUAAAAAUAAAUUAGCGUAAAACAUUGUAACAUCUUCACAGCUAUGGCUGUUAUCCAGAACAUUUUGGUUUGUUUUAUUUGUGAUUCCUGUACUAAUUACAUUUGGUUUUUAUCUGUAAUGUAACAAUAGUGUAUUAUAACAGUAUAUAGUGUACUAUACUACACUUCACUGUACAGUAUUUGGAAUUUUCUUUGAUUGCUAUAAUUAAAACUAUAAGUUAAAAUGUCGUC